ACCAGAAACGAAGAAGAUGGACCCGCGAAGAAACCACAGGUUUUUUGAGGUGCUACCUUGCGCGGAAGGAAGAAUUCCAGCAUCCUAAAAAAAAAGAGGUUGGCAUACGCAAAUGUGUUAGAAGAUAUGUUGUCAAUCGGCAUUACGGAUUCGGAGAGAACACCAUUGUGCUUGGAGUCGAAGAUGCGCACUUUACUUCAGGCGUACAAAUCGGCAAGUGACAACAACCGCAGUACGGGUGCCAGCCCUUGUUUUGCGCCAUUUAUGGAGCUAAUGAAUGAAAUCUUUGGGAGGAGCCCAAUAAUUUCUAACGACCACACCGUCCACGUGGGCUUCAGACCGGCUACAGUACUGUCGGUGAGUGUAGUGGCGUCAACAUCAUCAAAGACACCACAGCCAUCUCUGUCACUGCUGCCACCGUCACCAUCGCCAACUCCAUCGCCACUACCACCACCGUCACCAUCGCCAUCUCCAUCCCCACUGCCACCACCGUCACCAUCUCCAUCCCCAUCCCCACUGCCACGAAGAAAGCGUUCAGCUCGAGAGGCUUAUUUGAAAAAAAAAAAUGAGCUGAAGAAGUUGCAGGCGGAAGAAAAAUUAAAAUUGAAGGCUAAAUCCAUACAGCAAUUUAAAGAAUUGCUUAAAGAAAAAUUUGAAAGAGAUGCUGAUAUAGAAAAAAGAAAACUCGAGUUAUUGGAAAAACUGGCAAAUAAGUAGCACUUUGCUUUUUUCAUAAUUUUUUAAUGUGAUUUACUUUUUUUUGAAUUAGG